AUGGCGGAUGGACCCAUCCCCACCACCAGCGCCUCCACCACCAGACCAAAGCGACCACGACCACCUUCAGGACGCACCAACCUAGCCUCAUGUGUCGUGGCCACAAUCUUCUUAAUCUUCAUCAUCAUCGUCAUCCUCAUAGUCUACUACACAGUUUUCAAACCCCAAGACCCCAAGAUCGCCGUCAACGCCGUCCAGCUCCCCUCCUUCUCCGUCACCAACAACACCGUUAACUUCACCUUCGCACAAUACGCCUCCGUUAGAAACCCUAACCGAGCCGCUUUCUCUCACUACGACAGCUCUCUUCAAAUCCUCUACUACGGUAGCCAGGUCGGGUUCAUGUUCAUCCCCGCCGGCCAGAUCGACGCCGGGAGAACACAGUACAUGGCCGCAACAUUCUCUGUCCAGUCUUUCCCAUUGUCCGUACCGCCGAAUAUGGGUCCCACGCUGGCGAAUGGUGAUGGUGUAGGGUUUAACUUCGGGUUGAGAGUUCAACCGACUAUGGAGAUUGAGUCGAAGCUCGAAAUGGCGGGGCGUGUUAGGGUUUUGCAUUUCUUCAGCCAUGAAGUGAAGGUUAGAACCGGUUGCAGAGUCGCCAUUGCCGUUAGUGACGGUUCUGUGUUAGGUUUUCAUUGCUAA